UGUAAAGCCAUGAGAUCUAUUUUUUAAUGAGGACGCAUAGGUUCUAAAAGUUAUAGAAAUAUUUCUUGAAAGACGUGUCGUGUCUCCCCUCGUUUGCGAAAUAUGUUUGGUAGGAAUUGACGCAGAAAAGCAACGCUGUCAUCCAAAGCAACUGAUUCCUUCAAAUUAAUUUAUGAAUGAUUUUGUUAUGCACGCUUUUGUCCGUUAUAACUAGGAAUUUGGCCCCUUGUUCCUGUAAUUCCUUUCCUUUUCCUUUAUUUACUAAGGCGGAACUCGUCCAUCUCUCGCCCAAGUACGCUAUUAAGGGCUAGGUCAUAUAAUUUGAUGAACGCGUUCUUCGUCCAUAGCUUUUGUGACAGAAGUUUAGGAGAACUUCCUCUUGACAAUCGAUUGAUACGAAAAAAUUGUAGCUCAAACCUCGAAGAGUUCGUGGCCUGCUCUACUCUUGUUUACGACUCUCCUUAAGAACAGUAAGGGUAAGGCCUCUACGACCUCACCACCGAACGCGUUCUCAAAGUAACUGUCUUCAUCGAUUUCGCUACUUGAGAACUCUUGGUUUAGGAGGCUCAAUUAUUAAUGCAAUGGAAUCACCAAUAGGAUCAGAUCAGUCAACGCCGACGAAUCCUACCGUCAACUCGAAAAAACGUAGAGGACGUCCUCCCAAAGGAAGUUAUGCGGCGUUUGGCAGUGAUGAUGAAGACGACGAUGAAUAUUACGGUGGUCGUUCGCGUAGGAGGACAAAUCGUGCUCCAAGACCCAAGGUUGCAACGCAAUCCUCUGGUUCUACCGUCGUUCCCAAAGACCUGUAUACACAUCGUGCAACUCUAGAAGACGACGAACUCAAUUUUGGUGUGGUUGAUCCAGAAGGAGAAAAAAAGGUGAACGAGCUUGGUUAUUUGAACGGUGGACGCGAGUAUCGUUGUCGAACAUUCACUUGUCUGGGUAGAGGAAGCAGGUUGUACAUGCUUUCCACAGAACCCGCUCGUGCCAUGGGUUAUAGGGACUCAUAUUUACUGUUCUUAAAACAUCGCUCACUGCAUAAAAUUAUUGUGGAUGAUGCAGAAAAAUGGGACUUAAUUGAACGAAAUAUUAUUCCUCACUCAUACAAGGGAAGAGCUGUGGGAAUUGUCGCUGCGCGUUCCAUUUUUCGUGAAUUUGGUGCUAAAAUCAUUGUCGGUGGUCGAAGAAUAGUCGAUGAUUAUUGGGAAGGUGAAUUUCGUGCUCGCGGUUUUAAAGAAGGAGAACUAGCAGAUCCAGAUGACAAGUUGCCCCCUCCGGGUAUGCCAUAUAAUCGAAAUCAAUAUGUCGCUUGGCAUGGUGCCAGUGCUGUAUAUCAUUCCCAACCCUCUUUUGAAGCACAAUUACCAUCGGCAGUCAGAAAACGUAAAAAGGACCCUCCCAAAGAUGCUACCUGGUUGUUUCAGCAUGCCAAAGCCACUUCUGCUUACAAUAAUGAUAUAACUAAAAAUAUCGCACGAAAACAAGCAACCGGUUGUUUUGAGCCGCAUACAAAUUUACUUCACGUUUUUCAAAACUCGCAGCCAUCGAGAACCGAGUGGACUCAAGUUACUUCUAACCAAGAAGGGUACAUUACUCCAAAGAUGGAUGUAUUAGUAGCUCUAAAUCCCGAUAUAGCUCCUCAAGUCUCGUUAAUAAAUGUUCCCUCCUCUGUACUUGCUUCUUGUCCUCCUCAUAUACAAGACGCGAUUCGGAGGCGACAAGAUCAAGAACUUUUACAAGCCAGAUUGAACGGUGCAUUGUGUUCGUUUUAUAAAGAGCCUAACUGA